UCAUCCAAUCCAAUAGUCGAAGGUCACUGUUCAGUGUGGUGAGAAUAAUAUAAUACUUUCGAUAGUGAAUUUUGCAGAUCAAUUUUUCCUCAACAUCUAGCAAGAGGGAAAGAGUGAUGGGAGUGAAGUCAUUUGUGGUCAAAUUGCUGCCAUUUGCAGCGAUGGUGGCUGUUGAGACCUUUGAUGUUGGUCUAACAACACUCAACAAAGCAGCCAUGUCCAAAGGCUUGAGUCAUUUCGUCUUUGUUGUCUAUGCAAAUGUUAUUGCUUCUCUCAUCCUCCUCCCCUCUUAUUUUAUCAUAUUCAGGAGAAAGGGACCUCCACUAACUUUUUCUUUCCUAUGUAAAGUCUUCCUCCUCAGCCUUGUGGGGAUUACUCUGAUGCAGAAUUGUGUGAGCACUGGUAUCAACUACAGCUCUCCUACUCUUGGUUCUGCAAUGGGCAACUUAAUUCCAGCUUUCACUUUCUUGCUUGCUGCUCUCUUCAGGAUGGAAAAGUUGAAUUUGAGAAGUUUAAUAAGCCAAGUGAAAAUUUUGGGCACUUUGGUAUCAAUCUCUGGAGCAUUGAUUGUAAUCCUUUACAAAGGUCCUGCAAUAGGCGCUGUGCCUCAACCGCAUUCAUCUUCCUUACCUGCUGAGACUGCAACAAAUGAUUGGGUCAUUGGGGGCAUUUUCCUUGCAACUGCUAGUUUAUCAAUUGCUAUAUUGAACGUUUCUCAGGCAGCAAUUCUUAAAGGAUAUCCAUCAGAGAUGACUUUAGUCACCUUCUACUGCUUCUUUGGCACCAUUCAGUGUACAAUAGUUUCAUUGAUUGCAGAGAGAAACCCGAAUGCAUGGAAAAUUAGGCCUGAUAUCGAGCUCAUCUCUGUCGUAUACGCAGCGGUGUUUGGGAAUGUGGUGACAUAUGGUGUAGUUGCCUGGUGCAUAAGAAGAAAAGGACCUGUGUUUGUUGCCAUGUUCAAGCCUGUGGGGAUUUCUAUUGCUGCCUUUAUGGGUGCCAUCUUCCUUGGUGACACUCUCCAUAUUGGAAGUGUUAUAGGAGCAAUUGUAAUUGUUGUGGGUUUCUACGGUGUGAUAUGGGCACAGUCCAAAGAAGAAGAGAGUAAAAGUGAAGUGUGCAAAAAUGACAGACCACAGGUAUCUUCGCAAAAGACACCUCUCUUAGAUAGCUACAUAAAUGUGUAAACCAAUGUAGUUAGUUUGUGCAGUUAAUCUUUUAUUUGGGAAAGGAAAGCAUGAGCAGCUUGCUCGCAAGUUAACCUUGAUUUGUGCAUACGGUUCAAACUAUUUUGAGUUAACAGCAUAAGUUCAUUUCUGAUCCAUGCAUGGGUUAAACAGAUUGUGAGUAUCAGAAAUUCAACUAGUCAAGUCAAAUAUAUGAAACGUAUUCUAGCAUCUUAUCUAUGCUAAAUCUUAUUGUCUCCUCCCCAAAUUCGGGAGUGCGGAAGUUGAAAGCCCUUGGCUAUGAUAAGCUUCAAGUUGAUGAAAGAUGUCAUAUUCUUUCCCAUGAUUGGUAAAAAAUCAUCCUGUUAGGAUAUGAGAAGUUCUCAAACAUUUCGGUUGCAUUCAUUUUUACCAACAAACAUUGAAUAGUCUAUCAAUAUUACACAUUGCUGAGCUAUCUCCAAAAAUCAUAUAUGAACAAAAGAAGCUAUACGUUUUUACAACCUGUGUGUUUUCUCUACUAGUGGUGAGCAAAAAAGGUUAUCAAUUAUCAGAGAGCUGUACCCUCACUCUCGUGUUGUCUGAGACCCCCCAAGGCUUAAUAGGAUAACAUCUAAGCAAUUUCUGAUGCUUGGCUAGCAAGUCCACCCCGCGGGAGUUGAUUUUUUUUUUCAAGAUCUAGCAGGAAAGAAAAAUUGCAGUGAUUGUUGUUAAAUGUGAAAUUCGUUGAACCUAAAUUAUG